AUGUGGACGGGGUUGACCCUGUUGAUUUUCCUGGUCAUGAGCCAGAUGCCCCUGUACGGCAUUGUCUCGUCCGACACCUCGGAUCCCUUGUACUGGCUGCGUAUGAUGCUUGCCAGUAACCGUGGUACCCUGAUGGAGCUGGGUAUUACUCCUAUUAUCUCCUCCGGCAUGGUUUUCCAGCUCCUUGCUGGUACCCACCUCAUUGAUGUCAACCUCGACCUCAAGACCGACCGUGAGCUCUACCAGACCGCCCAGAAGCUCUUCGCCAUCAUCCUCUCCUUCGGCCAGGCCUGUGUCUAUGUCCUGACUGGUCUGUAUGGCCAGCCCAGCGACCUUGGUGCUGGUAUUUGCGUUCUGCUGAUUGUCCAGCUCGUCGUCGCUGGCCUGGUUGUCAUUCUUCUGGAUGAGCUGCUGCAGAAGGGAUACGGUCUUGGAAGCGGUAUCUCGCUUUUCAUUGCGACCAACAUCUGCGAGUCGAUCGUCUGGAAGGCCUUCUCUCCCACGACCAUCAACACUGGCCGUGGCCCUGAGUUCGAGGGUGCCAUCAUCGCUCUCUUCCACCUGCUCCUGACCUGGCCUGACAAGCAGCGUGCUCUGCAGGAAGCUUUCUACCGCCAGAACCUGCCCAACGUCAUGAACCUGCUUGCCACUCUCCUCGUUUUCGCCGCUGUCAUCUACCUGCAGGGCUUCCGCGUUGAGAUCCCUGUCAAGUCUUCCCGCCAGCGUGGCAUGCGUGGCUCCUACCCCGUCCGUCUCUUCUAUACCUCCAACAUGCCCAUCAUGCUCCAAUCCGCUCUGUCCUCCAACAUCUUCCUUGUCAGCCAGAUGCUGUACUCCCGCUUCUCUGACAACCUGCUCGUCAGACUCCUCGGUGUCUGGGAGCCUCGCGAGGGUUCCGCCCAGCUCUACGCUGCCUCUGGUAUUGCUUACUACAUGUCCCCUCCUCUGAACUUCAAGGAGGCUCUCCUUGAUCCUAUCCACACCGCUGUGUACAUUACCUUCAUGCUGGUCGCCUGCGCGCUCUUCUCCAAGACCUGGAUUGAAGUCUCCGGCUCCGCUCCCCGUGAUGUCGCCAAGCAGCUCAAGGACCAGGGUCUCGUCAUGGCCGGUCACCGUGAGCAGAGCAUGUACAAGGAGCUCAAGAGAAUCAUCCCUACUGCUGCUGCCUUCGGUGGUGCCUGCAUUGGUGCUCUCUCCGUCACCUCCGACUUGCUCGGUGCCCUCGGUAGCGGCACCGGUAUCCUCCUUGCCGUCACUAUUAUCUACGGCUACUUCGAAAUCGCCGCCCGUGAAGGCGAUAUCGGUUCGGGCCUCAAGGGCCUCGUCCCUGGUAACUAG